AUGGCGGCCGAAGGACCCCGCACCUUCACCCCAGACACCGAAUUCGCCGAACUUGAGACUCCUCGCGGUCCCCCAGGCAGUUUAUCGAUCACUGCUUUGGCCCGGUUCGAGUUCGAGGCGGGUAAGGCAAACGAUGGCACUAAAAUCUUGAUGAUUGAGUGGGAGGACGACGAUCUCACUCGAUCUUCGACCGAUGGCUCGUGGCAUGUCUCAUGGGCCGGGAAGACCUCGGUACUGCCAGCCGAUGAAAGGCCCAGUGAUAGCCUACGCCGCUUUUACUUUCUGCUGCCGCCAAAUACCACAAUCCCGCCGGUCGUGACGCUAUCGUAUGAACCACGCUCCUCCCCGACUGAAUUGAAUGAUUCCGCCUCCCCACCCAAGCCGCGGCACGCCAUACAGCUCAACCCUCUCCCCGCUAUUUUCCCUCCGGAACUGGGCGCCACGGGACGCGCGGCGGGGAAGAAGGGGGUGCUGCACACCAUCUGGGCGAAGAAACGGCUUCGUGUUUUGGAAAAGGAGAUCGACGCGGAAUCAAACCAUAAUGUGGAGGGAAUUGCGCUGCACAUGGCCAUCAGCGAGAAGGAGUGGAUUGAAACCAAUUUUGGCAUUGGUUCACGCGCCGCCGACUCUGUUGCGAGCAGCCACGAUUCCGCAAACUCGUCAACUUUAUAUCCAGCAACACCAGUGUCGCCCAUUAGCGGAAGGAAGUUGACCGACAAACUGAAGGGACUUAAGCUGCAAACCAGCGAAAAGGACCUGUCGGCGAACGGAGGUUCAUCAUCCAAUACCAAUCACCUCCUUUCGCCCCAGUCCCCCGAUGUUGCAGUCUCCUCCUUCAGCUCAUUCCGCAAUGUUGCCCAGAAGUAUAUUCACUCAAUGCCCACACCAGAUACUAAUCCCACCCCAACUCCAAAUUCACAAGCCAAUCCCUCGGGCCCCGAAUCCCUCAAGCCAGUUGCUCUCUUCCCUCCCACAGCCUUGCAAGAGGCUCAGCAGAACAGUGGAAACACAGGCUUCACUUCCAUGGGUGCGAUUUCGCAUACCCCGAGCACUGACCCCGGAGAUGAACUGUUUGCGAAAGCAUUGAGUCCCCGCUCACCAGAUCUGCCUCGGAGCCCGUUCUCAUUUUCUUAA